AUGGAGCCGCCGCCGCCGCCAUUCGAGCACCGGCUGGAUAGGACCCAGCACGUGGCGAAGCGCAUGCAGGACACGUUGACGAGCAGGGUCUGCCGCGUUUUCUGCUCCAUCUUCCUCAGCCUCUCGCUCAUCGCCGCCAUCCUCGUCUUCAUCGUCUGGCUCAGCCUCCGACCCCACCGCCCUCGCUUCCACCUCGCCGACUUCUCCGCCGCCGGCCUCUCCGACAACCGCACCGCCGCCGUCUUCUCCUUCCAUGUGCUGCUCCGAAACCCUAAUCAGAAGAUCGGCAUCUUCUACGACGACGCCAUGCGCGGCCAGCUCUUCUACCACGACGACAGCGUCGGCACCGCCAGGCCCCUGCUGCCGCCGUUCUACCAGCGGCCAAAGAACACGACGGACAUCCGGGGGGAGCUGCCGGAGCCGGGGCUGGCCGUUGACCAGGCUCUGUUGACCCGGAUCAGGGCUGACUUGGCGGCCACAGGGGAGGUCUGGUUCAGGCUGCGGCUGGAGGCGGCCAUCCGGUUCAGGGUGAAGACGUGGGACACUCACCAGCAUGACAUGAAAGUUGACUGCGACGCCGGCGUCCGCCCCGACGGCUCGAUCCUGCCGGCGGCCAAGGGCCGGCGGUGCCCCAUCUACUUCUUCUGA